AAAGAACAAAAUGGGGUCAAUUGCUAAAAAGGGGUUGCAAAAAUACUUGAUACAACUUCAGCAACACCCUUUAAGAACAAAGGCGAUAACAGCUGCAUUUUUGUCAGCGGUCAGUGAUAUAGUGUCUCAGAAGAUUACUGGCAUUAAGAGACUUCAAAUUAGACGCCUUCUUCUGAAAGUGCUUUUUGGCUUUGCCUAUCUUGGACCAUUCGGGCAUUUUUUUCACUUAUUCUUGGACAAACUUUUCAAGGGGAAGAAAGACACAACAAGCGUUGCAAAAAAGGUGGUUCUGGAACAAGUGACAUCUUCGCCUUGGAAUAACUUGCUUUUCAUGAUUUACUAUGGAUUAGUUAUCGAAAGUAGACCUUGGAUCCAGGUGAAGUCUAAUAUUAAGAGGGAAUAUCCAAAAGUGCAGUAUACGUCAUGGACGUUUUGGCCGGUUGUGGGUUGGAUUAAUCACCAGUAUGUGCCACUGCAGUUCCGAGUGAUCUUUCACAGCAUUGUGGCAUGUGGCUGGGGAAUUUUCUUGAAUCUACGUGCAAGAUCGAUGGCAUUAAAGAAAGCUUGAAAGUCUCAAAGUUGCAAAUUGGACAUGGCAAAAUGUUCAUGUGUAGUUCAAAGAUAAUAGGGCCUUUGCUUCUUUGAGCUCCGCCUAACCUGUAUGAGACGUUGCUCGUUUUCACUGUUCUUAGUUUGUUGUAUUUUUAUCUUUCUUUCUUUGGGUUUUUAUCUUCUUGAAUAUAUUAGGACAUUUUU